AUGUCCGACAGCAGUUCCCCCGAUUACAAAAGUCUCUAUCUACAAGAGAAAGAGAGACGUACGCGAGAGGGGGAGAGACGAGAACAAGCCGAAGCGCGACAGAAGCAAGCCGAAGCACGACAGAAGCUAGCCGAAGCGCAACGGAAGCAAGCCGAAGAUGAAGCUUCGAAGGAGAAAGAGCGUAACCGAUCGCUAACCUUCAUGGAACUAAUAUGCCAUGGCCAUAAUCUACUCUCAAGACCGCUUAGAGUCAGAACGCCUUCUCGCUCGACUAUAGGGAUAAUACCCCCUCCUACCGGAAAAUACUGCCCGGUGCGACUAGAACCGUGGAAAUGUUGCCCACGUCAACAGCAAGAAAUUUACGAUGCUGUAUGCAAAUACCUCCAGCCAGCCGAGGAAGCCCCGUCACGGUUACCUACGUCUUUGAUCGCCCUUGAAGCUGAUGCUAGACGAUUUUGCCUCGACCCAAUGCACAGUGAACAGAGUGUUGAGAGCUACGAGCGAAUUGCAGUAGAAGGCCAUGUCCGUGAUAUAGUCGCGGAGCUAUGCAAACUCGAUGCUGCCCGCGAUGAGUUCGGCCUCGGUGAUGGAAUCUGGUUCGACAAUCACAAGAACUCCCUCGAUGGUCUUGAAUGUAUUGAAGCGAAUGUACAUCAACAGUCAAGUGUACACAAUCCAAAACCUGAUCAGUUCUGCAUCCACCGGGUUGAUGGGAACAUCACUACCCUCCUCACUGCAGUUGAAUACAAGCCACCUCAUAAGCUUCCCACUGAAGCCCUUCGUAAAGGGCUUCGACCAAUGGACUUGUGGAGAGAAUUGGUUAGUUCAAACAAAACAACUCAGGAAGAAGCCAGCAAAAUACAGUACAAUAUUGAAAAACUUGUCUGCUACGCUCUUAUCCAGGAAUACCAUGUCAUGAUCCAGGAAGGACUCAAGUAUUCUUGGCUAACGAACGGCAUUUCUCGUGUCCUUCUUCGCAUUCCUUACGACGAGCCUGGUACAUUAUAA